AUGUCACACAAUCCUUCCAAUGACUCACUUUUAUUGUCCCACCAUGACGAGGACCUUAUAGAUUUAAGCCAAUUGGAUCUGGAAAAUCAAUUCCCACCGACAGAUUCAGAAUCUCAAAAUACAAAUGAUUUUCUGAGUAAAAAAGAUCGUGAAAGAUGGUACCAUGGUAGAAACUUACUGAAUCGCCAGAAUAUAUUAGCUUUAGUGGUGCUUGUCCUAUUGGCAAUUGUUUCCAUAUUAAUACUCUCACCAUCUUUCAUCCCAACACUUUUUAACACCACCAAAGAAAAAUUUAGUCAUAUAAGAACAAUUACUCCAAUAAAUAAUUCAUCACAACAAACAGAAAAAGCAAUACAACAUGCACACCAUUUGAAACCAAAUCAAAAUAUGGAAUUGGAAAUAAUUCAAUAUAGUUCACAAGAGACAAAACCCCAUAUAGACGGCAACAGUUCAUCUUGGGAAUUUCUGCAAAAUUCAAAUCAAGAAUUCUUCUUGGUUAAUACGACUUUCUCACUGGAUAAAUGGGAACACUUCAUUAAUUUUGUGGACUACAAUCCACAAUUGAACAGGAUUCUCAUUGGUGCAACCAAUAAUGCAUCCCUACAACAAUAA